AUGAGCACCCCCGCCGAGUCCACCGGGCCAGGCGAGACGUCCUCUCUUUCCCCCAACAUCCCUUCCCCCGCCCCGCCGGCCGGCCUUGCCGUGACCGGGACAUCCGCCGCCGUCGCCGCCACCGCCACCGACGACCCGGCCAGCCCUCUCCGGGCCUCGACGGCCGCCUCGCCGCAAACCCCCGAGGCAAGCAGCACCAGCGCCUCGCCACCGCCGCAGGUGCCCUCCGGUUCGCCGGCCGGCAAGCCGCACGUGCACGUGGCCACCCCCUCGGCGGCCGUCAGCCUGUCUCUGCUGAAGCAGGGCGCCGGGGCCCUCCUGCACCUGUCGCCGGAGGCCGGUGCCGAGGCACUCAUGCUGGCCGAGCAGCCGACCGCCGGCGGGGCCGACGCCGCCUCGACGCUGGCCCUCAUUGACGAGGUGCUGGACGGGCUGCCCGGCGGGGCCGACACCGACGAGGAGAUGCACCACUCGGAUGAGGACGCCGCCGGGGCCGCCGGAGCCGGGGCCGCCCUCGGUGCCCUGCUGUCGGCUUCCGGCGGCGGGGCCUGCUCCACCGACGAGGAGGCCACUACACCUGGCAGUGCCGGCUCUUCCUCCAGCAGCCCGAUGGCCAUGACCCCGACGGCCGGGGCCGAUGAGGAUCUCGACAUGCACCCGGCCGAUGGCAGCGAGUCGGCCAGCGCCAGCAGCGACCCGGAUAGUGGCAGCGCCGAGCCUGGCCCCGGUGCCGAUCCCGGCAGCAGCAGCAGCGGCAGCAGCAGCCCCUCGGCUGCCAGUGAUGAGGAGGACAGCGGGGCCGAGGCCGCGGCCAAGGCCGCCACCGGCGCCACCGGCGCCGCGGCCACCACCGGCGCCACCGGCGCUGCCGGUGUGGCCCCGGCGGCCCCCUGUCGCCGGGUGAAGGUGUACAAGCUGCGCGGGCCGGACUGGAUGGCGCACGGCAUCGGGGUGUACUCAUGCUCGGCGGCCGGGCCCGGGGCGGCGGCCGGGGGCUCGAUUCCGCCGGCCCCGGCCGGCGGGCACUACAUCCAGGUGACCCGGCCGCGGCCGGCCACCGGGGGCGGGUCCCCGGCGCUGGGGUCGUCGGACCCGUCGCCCGGCACCGGGAUGGCCAUCUGCCCGGCCACCGGGGAUGAGAUCCUCCUGCGGUCGGUCAUCUCCCCGAAUACGGACUACUCGCAUCAGCAAAAUUCGCUGAUCAUCUGGCGCGAGCCGCCGGCCGGGGCGGUGGGGAACCACUUCCUGCCGCCGGCGCGGCCGGCCGACCCCGGCCUCGGGGGCGCCUCCAUCAGCAUGCCUUCCCUGUCGGCGGAUGACCCGGGGCCGGAUGACUACUCGUGGAUCUUCGACCUGCCGCCGGAGGACGACGGGGUCGAUCGCGAUGUGGCCCUGUCCUUCCAGUCGCCGCAGGAUUUCGCCGAGAUCUGGGACUUGCUGAAUCUGGUCCGGGGCCAGUUGUGCCAGGAGCAGGAGCAAUUGCGCGCGGCCACCUACACCUCGGCGCUGGAGUUGGACUUCUCCACGGCCGGCCGGGUUGCGCGCUUCCUGUCGGCGCAUCUGAUUGUCGAGCAGGUGAAGUCCAACCACUUCGGUUCGCUGAUGACCCCGCGCGAGUCGCUCAUCCAGGCACUGCACAAGCAUAGCGCCACCUUCUUCCCGAGCCUCUUCCAGACCUUCGAAUUUGCCGAGGACAUCGGCGCCACGAAUGUCCUCCAGGCGCUGUAUACCAUUGUCCGGUGCCUGUUUUUCCUGAACGACUCGGCCAUCUUGGAGCAGAUCAUCGGCGACAACCUGCUUGCCACCAUCGGCAUCCUUGAGUACGGCCCGGUCCUGGCGCCGGUCCCCCCCCCGGCCGACAGCCCAUCGCACUCCGGCGCGUCGAGCUACCUGCCCACCGGGCCGGCGACCACGUACCGGGAGUUCCUCCAGUCGCCGGGGCGCUUCCUGCAGCCGGUGCCCCUGGAUGACAUCCCGGACAUGGAGAAGCUCAUCCACCAGGCCUUCCAGCUGCAGUACCUGGCGAGUGCCAUCAUGCCGGUGGUGCUGCCCGCCUCCGGGGCCUAUCCCCUGGCGCCGGAGCUGCUGGAGAUGCCGCGCCUGGAGAUCCGCGAGCCGCCGGCCAUCCCGCCGGGCAGCGACGACUUCGUGUCGCGGCAGCUGUUCGGCGUGGCCUUCACCAACCAGCGGCGGAUCACCUUCAGCCUGGUCAACAACCCGGCCUACAUGGGGGCCCUCUUUGAUUUGAUCACCCUGACGCAGGGCGGUGUCGAGGUGCCGGAGUAUGCCGGGCUGCCGAUCCAGUGCGGCAUGCCCAGCAGCCAGGCCCGCCAGGGGGUGUCCCUGCUGCGGGAGCUCAGCAGCAACAUGAAGAACUUCGAGGAGAGCGCCCGCGAUGAAUUCUACGGCUCGAUGCUGGAGAGUCGGCGCAUUUUUGCGGUUUUCCCCCGGGCCCUGUGGGAUCGGGAGGAGCGCGUGCGCCGCGAUACGCUGGAAAUCCUGGCCUCGGUGCUGGACUACCGCCCGGGGCUGAUCCGGGCCCACAUGGUCUUCGAGCUUCGCGAGGCCAACUCCGUGUCGCACUUCGAGGCGGAGGUCAGCGACCAGGAGCUCCUGCGGCAGAUUCGCCCGCGUGGCUCGGCGCACAGCACCCUGCUGGAUGUGCUGCUGGACCGGCUGCACUGCGAGCCGGACUUCGGCAUGCGCCUGCAGCUGCAGGAGAUUUUGAAGGUCCUGCUGAACAAUCCCUCCUCGGUGAUGUCCACGCUGGGGGCGGCCUCGCGCGAGGACGAAGAGCAGGUGGACCACGACGAGCUGCUGGACAUCUUCUUCCGCGGGGGGUUUGCCCAGAAGUUGAUGCUGCCGUUGCGCUUUGCGGCGGCGGCGGCCUUUGCCCGGUAUGGGGCCGAGCCGGCGCGCGGGGUGGAGCACCCGGCGGCCCUGCGGCGGGCCCUGCGCCGGCGGGGCGUCGUCAGCGCCGGGGCCAACCGGCCGGCGGGGUGCAUUGUCCGGCCGGCGUCGGCCUAUGCGGAUUCGAUUUUGCCCCUGCCGAGCUUGGUGGACUUCGCGGCGGUGGAUUGCCUCGGGCCGAAGGAGGCCCUGCUGCGCGUGCCGGCCCGGCGUGCGGCCGGCGGCGAUGGCGGCGACGGCGGCGACGAGGAUGACGCCCUGCUGGGCGAGCAUCGGCCGGCGACGGCCACGGUGGACCAGCCCCCGGGCGAGGCGCUGGACGUCGAUCCGGCCGGGCCGCCGCCGCCAUUGCCGGACGCCAACCACCUGCUGCAGGUGCUGCUGGACCUGAUGACGUACCUGGUGCAGCAGCAUCCGUAUGCCACGCAUGUGGUGCUGGGCCGGGGGAUUUUGCACCCGGCAGCCGGGGCCGAUGGCCCGUCGGGCACGCCGGAGGUCCUGGCCUGCCCGGAGGCGGCGCUGACGAUGCUCCUGCGAGCGUCCAGCCCGCACUUGGUGCUGAGCGUGGUGCGGCUCCUGCGAGCGGUGAUCAGCAUGCGCAGUGACUCCUUCAUCCGGCAUUUGUUGUUGCCGGUGGCCCCGCCGGCGUUGGUGACCAUGGCGGCCGAGCGGCGGCUGGCGGCCGAGCAGCGCCGGGCCGCCCACGGCCCGGACGCCGGUGCCGACCAUGAUGAGGAUGAUCCGCUGGUGCGGCCGGCGUCGCCGGAGCCGGAGGAGCAGGCGGUGGCGGGCCGGUCGCCGGGGUCGGCGGCCGGCGACUCGUCGUCCCUGCCCGGGUCGCCGUCCUGCUCGUCGGGCUCUUCGUCUCCGGGAACCUCCUCGUCCUCCCCCUCGCGGUCUUCUUCGCCAUCUUCCUCGCUGUCGUCGGGCGCCGGUGGCAGCCCCGGCAGCCCGGGGGGCGCGCCGGCGGCGGGCCCCGGGGCCGCCGGCCUCUUGCCGGCCACCCCCCCGACGCCGGUGAUCAUGUCAUUGCUGCAGCUCCUGCGCCGGCACAUGAUGCGGGACAAUAUUGUCCACUCGGCGGCCUUGGACUUUGUGGUGGCCAUCACCGGGGCGGCCACCGGGGCCACCGGGGUCCUGCAGCGGGCGGUGUCGCUGGUGCAGCCGGCGGCCGGCGGCCGGCCGUUGGCCUUCGACCCGGGCCCCGGCGGCGGGGACUUCCCGUCGGAUGGCGCGGUCUUGGAGCUGUCGACGGUGAAUUUGGCGCGGAGCUUUGCCCUGCUGGGCGAGACGCUGGCGCCGGCCAUCGAGGCCAUUGAGGCCGAGUGGCGCUCGUACUGUGGGUUCCUGCAGCCGGGCGACCUGACCGGCGAGGAGCCCCUGGCACUGGAGGCCGAGGGCGAGGGCGAGGCCGAGGCCGAGGCGGCAUCCGAGGCCGGGCCGAGUGGGGGCCCUGCUGCCGGCGGCCGGGCGCACCUGCCAGGCCCGCUGCUGGAUGCGCUGGUGGCAUCGGUGGCAGCGUCGUCGGCCACCGAGGCCGAGGAGGCCGACGAGGAGGCGAUGGACGAGUCGGUGUCGGGGUCCACCUCGCCGGUGGCCUCGUCGCCGGCGUCCUCGGCCCCGGCCUCCAGUGCCAGGGGCUCCUCCCCGGCCUUGGUGGCCGAUGACGAGGCGGUGGCCGAGCCGCCGCGCCAGCGUGUGGAAAUAAUCCGCGCGGGGACGCUGUCGCCGGUCUCGCAUCGGCGCCGGCGGCAUACGUACAACCUGCGCGGGCCGAUUGGCCUGCUGUUGGACCAGUGUCAGAUCUUGGCCAAGCUGCUGGCGGACUUCGACUCCAAGGUUCGCCGUGGGCAUCUGGCCGUGACCGGGGGCCUGCUGGGGAGCAAUGGCUCGAGCUUCCCCGGUGUCGGCUCCUCGUCGGCCGUGACCAUCGAGUCCCUGCAUGAGGAGGGGCUCUUGCCGGUGGACGGCCUGGGCCAUGGGACCUCGGACGCGGACUACUUCUCUUCGCUGCAGGACGACUCGCCGCCCGGGCAGCACGGGCUGGAUGAGGAUAUCGGUGAUGACGAUGACGACGACGAUGAUGGUGAUGGCAACGACGACGACGACGACGACAACAACGACGACGACGACGACGACAACGACAAUGACGGCGGCGAUGAUGAUGACGAUGAUGAUGAUGACAGUGUGGCAGCGAUGGCGCCCGAGGCGGCGGCGGCGGCGGCCAGCACCCCCGAGGCGGGCCUGGGCCCCCUGCUGCCGGAUCUGGCUGGCGGGGAUGCGCCGCCGGCGCCGGGCGUCGGACUGGUGCGGCCCGCGUCCAGCAGCGAUGACGAGGACGACGACGACUUGUGGCCGGUUCGCCGGCACAAGCGCCAGCGCACGGACGACGUCGUUUCGGCCUGAUGCGGGACGACCGGCUCAGACGCGCGGGCGCGCCCGGGAGAAGAAGGGGGCAUGCUUUUGCCGUUUGCUCCCCUUCGCCCCCCCCCCCCUCCCCCUCCUGUCCCUCGACCCUCCUCCCCCUCGCGCGGGCCAGGGGGCCAGGUACGGAAGGGGUGGUGCGGGCGGCGUCGCGCCGGGCGCAUCGGGCCCCUCCCCCCUCGCUGUCCGCUCUCUGCGCUCCCAUGCCCCUCGCUCUGCAGUUCUCGAGAAUGCGCGUGGGCGUGCGUCCAUCCCGACGGGGUGUCUGCUUCCCCGUGUUCGCCCCCCUCCCUUGUCCUUGUGCAUCUCUUCUCUGUGCUUCCCCCUCCCUCCCCGUGGCCCCGCGCGUCCCCGGCAAAAGACGCGUCGCGGCGGCUCCCUCCCUCCCCAUGGCGACAGCGAUGUUCGCCCAUGUGUGCCCUUGUGUUCUCCCCCCCCCCCUUCCCUUUUGUCUCUGCGCAUACACCCCCCCCUUUGUGCGGCAAA